UUCUUUUUCUCUAUAAUUCUAAUCCUAUUGUUUGGUUUGCUUGCUUUUCUCACCAAAGAUUGAAGAAAUGCAGAGGCAGAGGAGUUUCUCCGUCAAACCCUCAAGAUUUCUGGUCCUCUCCUUUAUCAUCUCUUCCUCCCUUCUUCUCCUUCUCUUCUUCUCCAUCUGCCUUCUCAGAAACAACCCUUCAAUCGCUCAAGAAACCCAUAUCCAGCUCAACACACCCUCCCUUAUUCCGGAUCUCUCACCCAUCGAAGUUAGUGGGUCGAUGGUGUUCAGUGGAAACUUUACAGGGAGUGAGGUAGAGAACCCAUUUCUUUUAGAUGCCCAUUUCGGUGAAUCAGAUGAUUCUACUGGGAAUGCUGUGGUUUCAGUUAAUGAGAAGGUUGAGAGUGAAGAGAAUGGGUUUACUGUCACAAACGGUAGGAACUGUACUGAAGCUGAAAAGGGUUUCUUGGAAAGUGAGCAAGAGCAAUAUAGCAAAUCUGAAAAUCCAUCCGAGAAAACUGAAGUUUUAAAGGAUCAGAGGAUUGAAGCAAAGAAAAAUGAGUGUGAUUUUACAAAUGGGAAGUGGGUUUUUGAUGAGAACUAUCCCCUGUACACAAAUAGUUCAUGUCCCUUUAUAGAUGAAGGUUUUAAUUGCCAGGCUAAUGGAAGAUGGGAUCGUGAUUAUAUGAAAUGGAGAUGGCUACCACAUGAAUGCAACAUUCCAAGGUUCGAUGCAGUGAAAAUGCUGAAACUAAUUAGAGGGAAGAGACUGGUUUUUGUCGGCGAUUCAAUUAACAGGAACCAGUGGGAAUCCAUGCUAUGUUUAUUAAAAGUAGCCGUCACUGAUCCAAAGAGGGUUUAUGAGACCCAUGGACGAAGGAUCACAAAGGGGAAGGGAUAUUACAGCUUCAAAUUUGUGGACUAUAGUUGUACAGUUGAAUACUAUGUUACCCACUUCUUGGUUCAUGAAAGCAAGGCUAGAGUGGGGCGUAAGCGUUUCCAAACUCUCCGCAUUGACACCAUUGAUAAGGGUUCUUCAAGAUGGAGAGGAGCUGAUAUUCUUGUUUUCAACACUGCACAUUGGUGGAAUCAUUACAAAACAAAAUCUGGAGUGAAUUACUAUCAGGAAGGGGAUCAAGUUCAUCCCUAUCUUGAAGCUUCAACAGCUUUCAGAAGAGCUCUGACGACAUGGGCAACAUGGGUUGACAAACAUAUCAAUCCAAGGAAGACCCAAGUUUUCUUUCAAAGUUCAGUUCCUUCCCAUUUCAGGGGCGGCCAAUGGAACUCUGGAGGACACUGUGGAGAGGCCAUUCAACCACUUAAUGAUACCUCACAUGUAAACUACCCUCAAAGGAAUAUAAUUGUGGAGGAGGUCAUACAGAAAAUGAAGACUCCUGUAACUUUCUUGAAUGUAACUAGUUUGUCAGAAUAUAGGAUUGAUGGUCAUCCAUCGGUAUAUGGAAGAAAACCAGUGAAUAGCAACCCUUCAAGAGUUCAAGAUUGUAGUCAUUGGUGCCUUCCUGGUGUUCCUGAUAUCUGGAAUGAAUUGUUGUAUUUUAACUUGCAAUCUAGACAAAAAGGCAGAGCUCCCCUGAAUAAAUGAAUAGUUUAAU